AUGGUGGGGACAGCGUCCAGACGAAUCAAGAAGAAAAGCAGUCCUUACAAAAUUACUUAUCAAGCGCUAAGUCCACACAGAACCAUCCUGACCCACAGCCAGAGCAGCAGUAUGCCCAGCUUCUUUGAGAGGCUUCCACCUGAGCUGUUUCACAUGAUCCUGGGUAAACUGUCCAUGGUGGAGCUCAGUGUAUUUAGCAUGGUGUCCAAAGGCAUCAGUGCCUAUGUUGCGAAGUUCAUUUCUACUAUGUCUUGGAGGAAUAAAAUAAUCAUCCAGAGCUUUCAUCACUCAGCCUGUCCAGAUGAACAGAGCAUUGCUCUUGGACACUACAGAGAUCUGGGAUUGCUGUUCAAGAGAUGUACCCUGCUGCUGCCAACAAAGGAGCGAUUGAAGCUCAUCUUCAGCAACUUCUCACAGGUUCCCUGCUUUAUGCUGGGACAGUGUAUGUCACCAGACUGUUUUGGCUUCUCCAGCCUUGGAGUCUUUGUCCAGACCCUGAUUGCAGGGUGGGAUGAGCUUGAGUGUCAACGAGUAUUCAGCUUCCUCUGCAAACUCACAAAUCUCAUGCAAAAAGUCGAGGCAGUCAUCACUGAACCACCAGGAGUGAAGCGGAACCAGGAACUUCAGGUCCGUCUGUUCUGCCGACGUGUUCUGUUGGAUCCUUGGAAGUCCUGCCAGGAGGGUCACUUUUGGCUAACGCAACUGCUGAAGCUCUGGCCCUUGGUCAGUCAGGCACAGCUACUCUUCAUCUUGUAUGGCCCACAGCUGCAUGAUGGCACUCUGGGCUGGCAGCAGCUAGUGGCGAGAGGGCAGCCUGAAGAGGCUCUGUGUGAACUGGCUGAGGCCAUCGUCCUGCUGUUCAGCAAACUAGACGUCAAAGGCUGGACCGCUGACUCGAUGGUAGCAGUCCUGGAGGAGCUGACUGUCCUUCCCUGGCAGUGGCAUGUGGAGAAUGUGGCUCGUCUCUUGGUGAUGUGUGGCAGCAAUUUUUGCUACACCAUCUUGGUCAGCAAGGCAAUCAACGGAAGACUCACUGAGAUCUCAACACUCAUUGUCUACAUCACACUGGUAUGUGAGAAGGAUGGCUACAGCAUGAACUGGGUGGUGCACCUCGUACAAAAGAUCUGCCAAAUUUUCAGCACAGCUGAUGAAAAGCUCAACUUCAUAAAACACCUGGAGAACAUGUUCUCGGAGGUCAUCAGGGGGUUUUAUGAGCUUUUAAUAGCAAGAAACCAUGGUGAUGACAGGGAGACUUUCCACAACCUGUGUGUUCUCCUCAGCUCGGUCGCUCACUUCCACACUAAAAUCCUCCACACAUUGCUCAAAAGCAACUGA